GUGCUGGGCCCGGUGCUGAUGUUGAGAGGUUCGGAGGCGACUGGUCAUGCUGACCCGGCGAGUCUUGAUAAGCAUGAAGCUCUUGCCCCUGGUGGCGUUGGCCUGCUGUCUGGCCAUCCCCCCAGCUCAGGCCGGCAAGAGCUCCGAAGACAUCCGGUGCAAAUGUAUCUGCCCACCCUAUCGUAACAUCAGUGGACACAUUUACAACCAGAAUGUGUCACAGAAAGACUGUAAUUGUUUACAUGUGGUGGAACCAAUGCCUGUGCCAGGCCAUGAUGUGGAGGCUUACUGCCUGCUGUGUGAAUGUAAAUAUGAGGAAAGGAGCACCACCACCAUCAAGGUGAUCAUCGUCAUCUACCUGUCUGUGGUGGGUGCCCUCCUCCUGUACAUGGCCUUCCUCAUGCUGGUAGACCCUUUGAUCAGAAAGCCAGACGCCUACACUCAGCCACUGCACAAUGAGGAGGAAAAUGAGGACGCCCGUUCACUGGCAGCAGCCGCUGCUCCCCUAACAGGACCCCGAGCUAACACAGUCCUGGAGCGGGUAGAGGGUGCCCAGCAGCGAUGGAAGCUGCAGGUGCAAGAGCAGAGGAAGACAGUGUUCGAUCGUCACAAGAUGCUCAGCUAGAUGCACUGGAUCAGUUAGGCCGAGGAGACGAUGGGGGCCGGGGGCUGGGGGCCCGUUUUUCCCCCUCUCUCCCUCCUUUUUCUCUCUCAAUCCUUCCUGUUACAAGCCUGUGGCAUUGUCCUCCUUUCCUAUCUACCCUCAACUUCUCUUCUCCUUCUAAGCCAGUGAUCCAGGGAGGGUUAGUCCCGUUCCUCAAUGCAUCUCAGGGCUUUGGAUUCGGGGGGAGGUAACAGACCCAAAGGGAACAAAGACAUUUCCUAAAGUCAUCAGGAUUGGGUAGGAAAUGUCUUCUCUCCUCCUAUGCCUUCCCCGACUUAUCUCCAAAUCCUGGAGAGCUUCGGAACCCCUGGGAGGGCAAAGUAAGGGCAUGUGGAACGUCUUAGCUUGGAGUGGAAGGAAAAAAACCCUGCCCAGCAUGUCCUCGCUCUUGUCUCCUCUGCUGUGCACUAGAUUCAAUAUGGCCAUCCCCCACACUCACACAGACACAGUCACCACACUCCUCAACUUCUCCUGGCCCAAAUCCUGAAGUCGCUUCCAUUGGAAAACUUACUGUUCAGCUGACGUCCUGACGUUUUAGCUAAGGCCCAACGUUCCAUAGUCAAGGUAUAGCCUUCCCAACAUCUUCCUCUCCCUGUGUUCAUUUCUUCCCCAGAAGUAGGCCAGUAUCCCCAUCUAUUACUUAUUUUACUGCUGAAUGUCCUAAUGUUGGGGGACAAACGUCUCCCAUCCUAACCAACUAAAAACUGAGACCAUCCCAA